UAAACACAUCAAGAUGUCUCACCGUUAUAUGACUUUUGGUCGUAGAGGGAGUGUUCUUCUGAGGAACCUCUUUUCGGAACGAUCAACAAUUACUGAAAUCAAUAGAGAAAUAACAAUGCUGAAAAAAUUUUUGCGGUCAAGGGAAAUGGAUUCUCUGAUGCGGCAUUUCAGCUCCACUGUUCCAAGGCUUUCAGACAAACUCCCAAAAGGGUUUGAAAAUUUUAAGGAAAAGGUGAAAAACAGAUCAAAACAAGACGAAACAAAAGAGAGGGAUUCCAAGAUAGAAGACAAGGAGGACAAGAAAGAUGAUAACCAACCGUGGGCAGAUCUGCAAGGAAAAAUGUUUGAAGACAUGAAAUUAGCUUUUGAAAAGUAUAGAAAGGAACAAGAACAACAAUCGGAAAAACCAAAAGCCCCGAAAAAUGACUUUACGCUGCCGAUCACGGUUUUUAUAUUAGCAUCACUGGUGCUUUAUUUAGCUUCAUCAAACAUGGUAAAAGAAGUAUCAUUCAAGGAAUUUAUCAACAGUUACCUCAAAACUGGAAUGGUGAAAAGCCUUAUUGUUACCAACAAAGAACAUGUGGAAGUGAAAUUCAAACCCGAGUUUAGUGCCCUAAUGAGACAAGUGGUGUUCAGAAUAGGAAGUGUAGAUGUAUUCGAAGAAGCAUUGAGGACAGCUCAAGAGGAAAUGCAGAUAAGCAAACAUGACUUUGUGGAUGUUAAAUAUGUCGAAUCUAACUUCAGCUUUAGUGACAUCCUCGUUUUUGUCAUUGACGUUGCAAUAAUUGUUAUCUUCCUAACAUUUCUGCAGAGAAGAGUGGGUGGUAUGUUUUCUGGAAAAGGUGUUGGUGGUACUCAGGGGAUUUUUGGUGUUGGGAAAUCCACAGCCAAGAUCUUUCAACCAAAUUCAAAUGUUGUUGUGAAAUUCAGUGAUGUAGCAGGAUGUGAAGAAGCCAAAUUAGAAAUUAUGGAAUUUGUGAACUUCCUAAAGAAUAAGGAACAAUAUCUUAAACUUGGUGCCAAAAUCCCAAAGGGAGCCAUGCUGACUGGACCUCCAGGAACAGGGAAAACACUCUUGGCCAAGGCCACUGCUGGAGAGGCAAAUGUUCCAUUCAUCUCUGUGUCCGGAUCUGAGUUCCAGGAGAUAUUUGUUGGAGUUGGUCCUGCUAGGGUCCGAGACAUGUUCAAGGAAGCCAGGAAAAACGCCCCAUGUAUACUGUUCAUUGAUGAAAUAGAUGCAGUAGGUCGAAAACGUAGUGGUUCACAAAUUAUGGGGAAUUCAGAGCAAGAAAGCACCCUUAAUCAGUUUCUAGUAGAACUUGAUGGUUUCAGUUCCCAGUCAGGAGUGGUAGUCUUGGCUGCCACUAAUCGCAUAGACGUCCUAGACCCUGCCUUACUACGAGCGGGUAGAUUUGACCGCCAAAUCUUUAUUCCUCUGCCAGACAUCAAGGGCAGAGCAAACAUUUUUAAGGUCCAUCUUGAAGGUAUCAAAACAGAUCUUUCCAAGGAUGAAUUAGCCAAAAAACUGGCUGCUCUAACCCCCGGAUUUUCUGGAGCUGAUAUUAGUAAUGUUUGUAAUGAAUCAGCGCUUAUCGCAGCUCGGGAUCUCAAUGAAUCUGUCCUUGCAACCCACUUUGAUCAGGCUAUUGAACGGGUCGUGGGAGGAUUGGAGAAGAAAACACAAGUCUUACAGCCACAUGAGAAGAAAACCGUGGCAUACCAUGAAGCUGGCCAUGCCAUUGCUGGAUGGUUCUUAGAGCAUGGUGACCCCCUGCUGAAGGUGUCAAUCAUACCUCGUGGUAAGGGCCUCGGCUAUGCCAUGUAUUUACCCAAGGAAAACUACCUAAUGACUCAAGAACAGUUGAUGGACAGAAUGUGUACCUUACUUGGGGGAAGAGUUUCAGAGAAAAUAUUCUUUGGUAAAAUUACAUCUGGUGCCCAAGAUGAUUUACAGAAAGUAACCAAGAUGGCCUAUGCUCAGGUAACCCUUUUAGGUAUGAAUGAUAAAAUAGGACAGGUAGGCUAUGGCCAGCAGGAGGGAUCGUUCCACAAAGCCUAUGGUGAGGACAUGGCUGAACUUAUUGAUGAGGAGGUUAGAAAUCUUGUAGCCAAAUGCUAUGAUCGUACUAUGGAUCUGCUAACUGAAAAAAAGGAUCUAAUAGAGAAGGUUGCUGUGUUACUACUGGAAAAGGAAAAGAUAGACAAGACUGAUAUGGAGGCAGUUUUAGGCAAGAGGCCUUUCUCAGAAAAGUCAACCUACGAGGAGUUUGUAGAAGGUACUGGGUCUAUGGAUGAAGAUAUCUCACUACCAAAAGGUCUAGAAAACUGGAACCAGCCCCGCGAAACAAAAUCCACAUCAAAGUCUGAUAUGUCAUUUUCAUGACACAACUGAAACAGGAAUAAAAAGACAUGUCGGAACAUUAUUUAUAUUUUUUGAAACUUGAAGAAGCAAUCAAAAGACCAAAACACCAUGACUGCAGAAGAAAUCAGAAAUUAUAUCACAGGUUUUGAACCAUUAUCAGCCAUCAUGUCAGGUUUUUGUUCAAUUAUCAGUACGGGGAAAUGUACAUAGUUCUACUAGGAAAAGAAUGUGAUACUUGUAAAGCUUGCUGAAGAGGUGUAUCGUCUAUGGUGUGCCCUGUAUGGUGUAGUAUACAUGGUGUAACCCCCAUGGUUUAUCCUCUAUGGUGUGCCCUGUAUGGUGUAGUAUCCAUGGUGUAACCCCCAUGGUUUAUCGUCUAUGGUGUGCCCUGUAUGGUGUAGUAUACAUGGUGUAACCCCCAUGGUUUAUCGUCUAUGGUGUGCCCUGUAUGGUGUAGUAUCCAUGGUGUAACCCCCAUGGUUUAUCGUCUAUGGUGUGCCCUGUAUGGUGUAGUAUCCAUGGUGUAACCUCCAUGGUGUAUCGUCUAUGGUGUGCCCUGUAUGGUGUAGUAUCCAUGGUGUAACCCCCAUGGUUUAUCGUCUAUGGUGUGCCCUGUAUGGUGUAGUAUCCAUGGUGUAACCUCCAUGGUGUAUCGUCUAUGGUGUGCCCUGCAUGGUGUAGUAUCCAUGGUGUAACCCCCAUGGUUUAUCGUCUAUGGUGUGCCCUGUAUGGUGUAGUAUCCAUGGUGUAACCUCUAUGGUGUAUCGUCUAUGGUGUGCCCUGUAUGGUGUAGUAUCCAUGGUGUAACCUCCAUGGUGUAUCGUCUAUGGUGUGCUCUGUAUGGUGUAGUAUCCAUGGUGUAUUGUCUAUGGUGUGCCCUGUAUGGUGUAGUAUCCAUGGUGUAACCCCAUGGUGUAUCAUCUAUGGUGUGCCCUGUAUGGUGUAGUGUCCAUGGUGUAACCCCCAUGGUUUAUCGUCUAUGGUGUGCCCUGUAUGGUGUAGUAUCAAUGGUGUAACCUCCAUGGUGUAUCUGUACCUUUUGUGGUGUGCCUUUUGUGGUGUAGUCUCUGUCAUCUAGUCUCUAUAGUGUAACCUCUGUGGUGUAGUUUGCAUGGUGUAGUAGUGGAGCCUCAAGCUCAGUGGUAUAGCCUGCAUGGUAUAGCAUUUGUGCUAUAGCCUCCAUGGUAUGGUGUAGCCUGUGUGGUGUAGUCUGUGUGGUGAGGCCUUCAUGGUAUGGUGUAGCCUGUGGUGUUGCCUGUGUGAUGUAUCCUACAUGGUAUAUGGUGUAGCCUGUGGUGUUGCCUGUGUGAUGUAGCCUAUAUGGUAUAUGGUGUAGCUUGUGGUGUUGCCUGUGAUGUUGGCUUUGUGAUGUAGCCUCCAUGGUGUGGUGUAGCCUCCAUGGUAUGGUGUAGCCUUUGGUGUUGCCUGUUUGGUGUAGCCUAUAUGGUGCAGCCUCCUCCGUCGAUAGCCUGUGUGGUGUAACCUCUGUGGUGUACCCUUUGUGGUGUAAUAAUAUUUUGAAACCUCAUUGUUGGCAUUGUUGGUGCAUGCAUUACUUGGGCCUUCAAUUUUUAUACCUAACUGAAAGUGCCAGUUUUACAGUCUGAAGGUUAGUUUUCAUUUAAUGGUUUCUUUGUGAUCUCUACAGAUCUCCUAAUAGGCUAUAUAUAGCCUAUACUUUUGUUGAAUUCUUCCUACAAAGGCUAGCACUAUCAUUGAUGUUGAUAAAUGAAGUUUCAAAAAAUAGCUAGAUCAUGAAACAGGUAGAGGAUCUCAAAUUUCAGCAUAUUUAUUUGUGAAUUUUGAUUGUAGUUUUAUAAUUCUUUGAUACUUGGGCACACAAGUCUGUGAUUUCUGAUGUGCCGACCUAUGAUUAUAUCGAACAGGUGUCUUUAUGACCAAUUAGGUUAUGGCAUCAUAUAACGGAUUGUGAAGGGACAUCAGACUGCUGUGAUUACACUGCUUAUAUGUUUCUGUGUGAGAGAUGUGUGAUGAACCUAUAUUGUUACCAGACAAUUUGUUAAUAAAAUA